AUGAAUAUUGACAGUCAGAGCCAGAGUGAGUUGCCUGAGACUGAUAGUUUUGUCGCCUUGCUCAAUACAUCGAAUGCUGGAUCCUUGGAGGGCUUGCGAAACCCCAGUGCUGCAGUUUGCAAUUCAGAUGUUAUUUUCUCUGCUCAUGAUUCACCUGAAUUUGGGAAUGAAGUGGGUUUGCUGCAUGGGUCUGGAGCUUCUGAACCUGAUCAUGGAGGAUCGUUUCAGGGUUUGGAGACCUUUGAGAAAGCCUCAUCCUCAGUUGAUACGCCAGCAACCCGUGCAGAUUACAACAAAGCUUUGUUUGAGGCACGCAUGAGUACUAUUGGUGAUGCCGUCAUAAAGAUGCCAUGGGAAACAGGAAUCAUGAAGCAGAUUUUCGAUAGUGAUGAUGAUUCAGUUUUUCCUACAGUUGUGCCACCGGUACCUGCUGAAUAUUUUGCGAUACCACCUGGAACGGUCGACGAGCAGACAGGGCAAGGCACUGCAGCAGAUGUGCCUACGGCCCAAAGCUUGGUGAGGGAUGACAUUGCGACGAGCCGCAUGGUUGACCUCAUGAAGAUUGCCGACAAUGCUGCAGUUCCUUUGGAAAAACAUGCUGGUGCACCUCCUUUGCAACCAGCCGCUGUCGAAGUUUGCGACGAUGGAGGCGCAUCUUGCGUUCCAACAACGCCUUUGGAACAGGAGACUCAAGGUGCAGCUGCAGAUGACGCUGCGAUGAAGAAUCCAGUGAGAUACCUUCGACGAGCUCGAGCUCGAGCAGUAGUUCAGACGGAGCAGACAUGCCAGCUGCACAGAAUGAUAUACCAGGAGACAGUGGCCUUUGUGGAAAGCAUCAUAGAAAGCGGCAAGAUGGACAAGAGACACUACAUCAGUGCUCUCCUAGAGUUGCGCGCGCUCAUUGCCAGAACCAAGGUUCAAGCUCAGCAAUUGUGUGAGCUGCACGAUGACUUACCUGACUUCCUAACAGAGCCCAAGUGGGCACUUCACCGUGCUCUUCAACUCUACCACCGUGCCGUGGAAGAGCUCGAAAAACAUGAAGCAAGUUUGACACUUGUGAUCCGAAAUACCUUGGUUCAGACCUACUGUAUGUCGAAACUGGAAGAUUUCCGCGAUGAGUUCGCUUUGAUCAUGUGA